GCGGGGCGCGCAGGCAGCCAUGGGGCUGGCCCUAUUUUGCAGAAGUGGGUGUGCCAGCGAGACGGCUCAACAGGUCUCGACACAUUUCUCUGAAAACUGUACUUCGCGAGGCAGAAUUCGCUGCGAUCCCGCAGUUUUAGGCGUUUCGCGGCUCCGUUUUCGGGUGUUCCCCGCUCGGUGGACCCGUGCCCCCGCGUCCCUGACGCGUCUCCUACCCCGGAGGGGCCGCCGCUGCUUUUCCUGAGGCGGGGGAGCUGUCAGCCGGAGCGGCUUCGCCUCGCUGCCCCCGCCCGCAGGCACAGCAGCCCCCCGGCCCCGGUGCGGGCGCUGCGGGCCGGCCACCCGCCCCCGAUGGCUGUGCCGCGCUCCCCAGCCCUGCUCGGCGAGGGGCCGGCGGCCGCGGGCCCGUUCUGCGCUCCGCGGUUCGGUUUCGGCUCGGAGGCAGCUGCCAGGGCGCCCUGCCGCUGCCCUAGGCACGGCUCGGGAGGUUUGGCGGCUCGGGAAACAAGGCUAAUGUUGAAAGUAAUGGAUUCCAAAGAAUUGCUUAACUCGUCAGAUCAAGACGAAACGAGGAAAAAUGUGCUCAUCAGUACCAAAGGAGGGAUUGUGAUGGACUUUCAUCCACCCUUCAGGGGUGGAGCUCCUGUGCAAGCCCCUGUAUCUACAUCUCCUCUCCCUGUGUCUUCUCAGUCAGAUUCCAAUCAGCAACCUGCUCUGGCUGAUUUUUCAAAAGGAUUAGUAAACAAUGUGCCUCAGCCAGACCUCUCCAAGGCAGUGUCACUCUCCAUGGGACUGUAUAUGGGUGAAACAGAUGCAAAAGUGAUGGGAAAUGACCUUGGAUUUUCGCAGCAGGGCCAAAUUGGCAUCUCUUCUGGAGAAACGGACUUCAGGCUCCUGGAAGAAAGUAUUGCAAGCUUGAACAAGUCCUCGAGCCUGGCAGAGGACGCAAAGGGAGCAGCAUCUUCUGAGGUGCCGCUGGAGCCGGAUUUCCCCGGCAUGGCUGGCCGCAGCGUCCCCUUAGAGCCGGGAGCGUCAGUCCAAAGCCAGGUUGGCUCUAAUGGUGGCAACUUGAAAUUAUUCUCUGAAGACCAAAGCACCUUGGAUAUUCUCCAGGACUUAGAAUUGCCACCAGUAUCGCCUGGCAAAGAGCCAAAUGGGAGCCCGUGGAGGCUUGACCCGUUGCUCGAUGAGGGUGGCUUGCUGUCCCCGAUAUCCACAGACGAUGCGUUUCUCCUGGAAGGAAAUUCGGGGGAAGACUGCAAGCCUCCUAUUUUGUCUGACACUAAACCUAAAAUUAAUGACCGUGGUGACCUUUUACCCAGUUCCAAAAUGCCAAUGCCUCAAGUGAAAACGGAAAAGGAAGACUUCAUUGAACUCUGUACUCCUGGCAUAAAGCAGGAAAACAUGGGCCCAAUUUAUUGUCAGGCAAAUUUCUCUGGGUCUAAUCUACUGGGUACUAAAGUCUCUGCCAUAUCUAUCCAUGGUGUCAGUACCUCUGGGGGACAAAUGUAUCACUAUGAUUUAAAUACUGCAUCGCUCUCUCAGCAGCAGGAUCAGAAACCAAUUUUUAAUAUCAUUCCAUCUCUUCCUGCCGGUUCAGAAAAUUGGAAUAGGUGCCAGGGAUCAGGGGAUGAGACUUUAGCUCCUUUGGGAACGCUCAACCUUUCUGGCAGACCUGCUUUCUCUAAUGGCUAUUCAAGCCCUGGAAUAAGAUCAGAUGUAAGUUCUUCUCCAUCCACAACCUCAGCAACUACGGGACCACCUCCCAAGCUUUGUCUUGUUUGCUCUGAUGAGGCCUCUGGGUGUCAUUACGGUGUUCUUACUUGUGGCAGCUGCAAAGUGUUCUUCAAAAGAGCUGUGGAAGGGCAGCACAACUAUCUGUGUGCUGGAAGAAAUGAUUGUAUUAUUGACAAAAUCCGGAGGAAAAACUGUCCAGCAUGCCGCUACCGGAAAUGUCUUCAAGCUGGCAUGAACCUUGAAGCUCGAAAAACAAAGAAGAAGAUAAAAGGAAUCCAGCAAGCUAAUGUAACGGGAACGAGGGAUGUUUCUGAGACUCCUGGAAACAAGAGCAUAGUUCCUGCAUCACUGCCACAGCUGACCCCUACCCUUGUUUCCCUGCUGGAAGUGAUUGAACCCGAAGUUCUGUAUUCAGGCUACGACAGCACUCUGCCUGACUCAAGCUGGCGCAUCCUAUCAACUCUCAACAUGUUAGGAGGACGGCAAGUUGUAGCUGCAGUAAAGUGGGCAAAGGCAAUACCAGGUUUCAGAAAUCUACAUCUGGAUGACCAAAUGACCCUUCUGCAGUACUCAUGGAUGUUCCUAAUGGCUUUUGCUUUAGGAUGGAGAUCAUACAAACAAUCAAAUGGAAGUCUCUUGUGCUUUGCACCAGAUCUGAUUAUUAAUGAGCAGAGAAUGAAUCUACCCUGUAUGUACGAACAAUGCAAACAUAUGCUUAUGGUUGCCCGAGAGCUAUCACGGCUUCAAGUCUCCUAUGAAGAGUAUCUCUGUAUGAAAACGUUGCUUCUCCUCUCUACAAUUCCGAAGGAAGGCCUGAAGAGCCAAUCUUUGUUUGAAGAAAUUCGUAUGACAUACAUUAAAGAGCUGGGAAAGGCCAUAGUGAAAAGAGAAGGGAACUCGAGCCAGAACUGGCAGCGAUUUUAUCAACUGACUAAACUGUUGGACUCUAUGCAUGAUGUGGUUGAAAAUCUUCUGAGCUUUUGCUUCCAGACAUUUUUGGAUAAAUCCAUGAGUAUUGAGUUCCCAGAAAUGUUGGCAGAAAUCAUCAGCAAUCAGAUACCAAAAUACUCAAAUGGAAAUAUCAAGAAGCUUUUAUUUCAUCAAAAGUGACUGCCUUAAUACAAAAGGGUUGCCUUAAGAAAACGUCAAAUGAUAGCUUUUUUUUGCUUUUUUUGUAAAGAAAAAACCUAUCAGACUUGUUAAUUUUGUCCUUGCAGCGGUGUUCCUUUUUGUAAUUAUGCACUACAUGUGGUUUACAGAGGGCCAAGAUUUAGGCUAUAGAAGCGGCGGAUUUCUCACGUUUGAUACAUAAUUGGGGAGAAAGGAAAGAAAAAUAAAUCUUAUUUGUCAGAAAUUAUAUUUCUCCCCCUGUGCAACAUCAAUGGAUGCAUCAAAACCACCGGUGACAAGAUCUGAGGCUGUGUUAUGAACAUUCUGCUAAUUAAUUUCUGCAGUUGGCUGGAGACAAUUUUCUAGGCUUUUUUUUUUUUUUAGUAAAGUGUUUUGGAUUUUGUUUUUUUUUUUUUUUUAAAGUUAAGGUAGCAUUUUGGUUUAUGCAUGUAACCUGAAGAAAGUUUACAAGUGUAUAUCAGAAAAGGGAAGUUGUGCCUUUUAUAGCUAUUACUGUCUGGUUUUAGCAAUUUCCUUUAACUUUAUAUACCGUGAACUAGGCUUGUUCAUUUUUUCUUACAUAAUUUUUUUGUAAUACUUCAAGAUGCCUAUUGUACAGCUGUUUUUUUAAGGUGGGGCAGCUCGUAGCUUUCCUAAAUGACCUCUAGACAUUAAUCCUUGAGUAUAUUCAUGUGAAAAUGGGUUGGGCUUUUCUAACCUAAUAGCUUUCAACUGUCAAGGUGACCAUAAAAAUUUGGCAUUUUUUAAGGGCCAGGGUGGGGUGGGAGAACACUCUCAAAUCUAAUUCAAAUAGAUGCGAAUGAAACAAAUACUUUUGGUAUAUGUGCAAAAGUGUUGGAUAUGCAGAUUCAUAGAAAAUUAACCCAGUCCUAACUGGAUGUAAAUGAGCAGGUUAUUUUAUAUAUUUAAAAAAAAAAAGCCUGAUUUUUUGCAUAUAAUGCAACAGCCAUAACUAUAAGAGUCAUGGGCUGCAUUGAUGCCAAGAAGAUCAGUCCUGACUGCCCAUCAGGAAAUUUUCAGGAAAAUAUGCAUAGCUUAAGAAAAGUUUACUUCUGUGCGGAGAAACUCACAUUUUCUAUACACUUAAACCUAUCAUCAUACAGGUAUAUAUGGAAAAAUAUCAGUGACUUAAGAGGCAGACAUGUAAUUAUGCCCAGUGGUUUGGUUUUGUUCUGUUUUUAUUGUAUCGAUUCUAGAACUACUUUCUUCAGUGAGAUGUUUACCUUCAUGCAGCAGUAAAGCAGAGCAGCUGCGCUGACUGACUGUAACUCCGGAUAUACAGACUCCAAACUCGCGUGGUUAGAGACCCAUUUUCACAUCUUCACCUGUCACUGAACUGGUCCAUCCUCUUUCCUGGAGAGCAGGAAAACUCCGCUACUGAUUUCGUGGUCUUAGAGUUGUACGUCGAACUUUGUCUUUGUAAGGCUGCAUCCAUUCAUAUCAAAUUACUAGCGUGCCAUAAAUUUACCAUAGGUCUUGUGAAUUUCUCCUUGUUGCCAUUGAUAGCUAUAUUUUAAAACGUUUAGAAGCUGUAGUAGCCUUUUCUAUGUGCACCUUAACAAUUUUCUGUAUCUCUAAAUUUAAAUAUUUACUAAGCCACUCUAAAAUUUGAUUUUUACUCAAAGUGGCCAGAUUAUUUGUGUAAUAGAAAUGAGAAAAAUCAUCUGAUAAAAUACAAAACCUAAUAUAUUUUUAUAUUUAGUUAUAGUUUCAAAUAUGUAUAAUCGGUAUAUUCGCUGAUCUGAGAAAAGAAGGGAAGGGCUACUGCAGCUUUAAAAGCAAUUUAUUAAAUGAUUGUAAAAUAGCUUGUAUAGUGUAUAAUAAGGAUGAUUUUUAGAUGACAGAUUGCUUUAUCAUGAUACAUGUAAUUAUAUUUUUUGUAGGGGUCACAAAUACGCUGAAUGGUAACCCGUACAAGUUGUGGUUUGUCUGGAGGCAGUACUGAAGGCGUUGACAUUUAGUAUCCAAAGAAAUACUCUGUUUAGAAGGAAAACCUGUGUUCAGUGGAUGUCUUUAGGGUUGGAUUUACAUUUAUCAAAUCACUGUGUAAAACUUCAAGUUGAACCUUGGAUGGAAGACUCCUAUCUGUAUGUUUGGUUACCAUUCAUGUUUCAUUGCUAAAUCAGACCUCCGCUGCAAAAAAUGUAAGCCGUAAAGAUGCGUAUGUGCGUGUACAUACAUACACCUCUGAACAUAUGGGGUUAAUUUCAUAUACAGCCUCACGUACCACAGCAAAAACAGCUUGAAAAAUUGGGCAAUAAUAUGCAUACAGGUACCAGCAAUAUGUAAAUAUAGAGCAUAGGUUGUUCACAAUACACUAGUACAUUUCUAUUGUUCAACAAAAGUUCGUUUCCAAGUGAAAUAGGAAACUAAAUUUUCAUCCUUUCUUAAAUCUUUUUGAAUGUUAUACCUAUUAAAAAGAUACUAUAUUCAGUACUUUGGAGUAAAAUAUCAUCUUUAAUAAAAAAACGUAAUCAUUCUCUUCUCUUUGAAUGAUCUGUAAAGAGUAUGUACAUUUUGUAACAGUUAAGGUAAACUUCAGUACUUCGAUUAUACCUUUCAGCCCAACUCAAUGGAAAUAUUUACGUGACCUGUUUGAGAUACAGAUAGGAGUUUCAUACUGUUUGGUUUCAGAUGGGUUCUUUAGUUAAAAGGAAAACUCUUCUUACUUGGAGAAUGUUUAGAAACUUCAAUCCCCAGGGAGCUCAAAUGGAGCUUGUGUGGAAGAGUGAGUUUGUGCGUGUGCAGGCGUGGGUGUGUGGGCACGUGCACAUGUGCAAACGCUGGUUUUAACAUUUGUAUACGCAAAGAUACCUUUUUGUUUUUUCUUUGCCAGCAGAAAAGUAACUACGGUGACCGUGAACAAAUUACCAUCUUGAGAGAAAUGGAGAACAUAGGAGAAGAGAGGCUCUCUGCCCCUUUUGGUCUCUGUGCCUGUAUAUUCAUUUUUAGUUUAUGGGUUUAAGGAAAAAAGGAAACUGUGAUGUUAAAAGAAAGCAUUCAUGCUGUACAUGCUGUUAAGUUUUAAACUUCACAAUUAAAAAUAUGUAUAGUGCUUUAGUAAGCAGUGAAAAGUACAUGUUGUGUGUAUCAGUAGUCCUUGUAGCACUGGGUAGUAUCUGCACUCUGGAUAAAGCAGGGAGAAUUGUGACUUCUGUCUCUUCAGUGCCUUAUCACAUAGUGCAUGCAUCUGACCGAGGGACACCCGUGGGCAGGUCAGGACACAUACGUGCUGCGUGGUGUACAUUGCACAUGAAAAACGAUAGGAAUGGCCUUACAUAGGACAAGCCAGGGAAUGGGGUUGGAGAGGGAUAAACUGUAGAUUUUGCGCAGCGUGGUUAUCACCCAAAGCAAAAAUGCCAGAAAUCUCAGAUUUUAUUAGGAGCUUUGCAACUGGAAAGAAGGGAGGGAGGGAGGCUGGGGAUCGGUGCCAAUUUAAGCUUAGGAAUGACCUUGCCAUUUUCACAAAGAAGGGUCAAAAAUAGGAGGAAGUGCCUGGAUGAAUGUCAGCUAAGUCCUGUUUCCCAUAGUCGCACUUCAGUGGGUGAGGACUUCAGGGUCAUACCUUCAGAGUGAGUUUUUUAAAAGAUUGUAUGUAUUAUAUACUAGUUAAGCUCUAUCCUUAGUCCAGUCUGCAACCAGGUGUUGCUGAGCCAUCGAUGUUACAUAGGAACCAAAUUUUCAGGAAAGGAAUAGAGCCUCUUUAAAACCGCGAGGCAUUUGUUUUCUGAUGAAAGGCUGUGUGUAUGAAAAUAUCCCCCACCUCCAAACUAACUUGCAUAACAGCAUAGAGUCAACAGCGUGUCAUUACUCUAUUUUGUAUAUUAAACAAAAGAUAUAUAAUGGGGACAAAUCCUAUAUCAUACCGGUGUAUGGCAUUAUUAAAAAAUCAUUAUUUUUAUCACAGUAAUUUUAAACAACAUAAAAAAAAAAUUAAACCAGUGACUCCUGUUUAAAAAUAAAAGUUGUAGUUUUUUAUUCAUGCUGAAUAAUUCUGUAGUAACAAGUCUGUAGUUUUCACCUACUCAGUGAAAUGUUGGACUGUAAAAGCUUGUGUGGAAUUGUUGAACAUUUAUUUUUUCAUUUAAAUUUGCUGUUCUGGUAAUACAAAGCCACACAUCUGUACAGAAGUUGCAGUAAAUGUGAGCCAUUUACAGCAAUGCCGAAUAAUGGACAGAAACCAUAUAAUAAAAUUCUGCUUUUUUCAUUAAA